UCCAACUCUGUGGUGUCCAGCAAGGCAACGCUAAUGGACAGUUUUGCGCGAUAAUAAAUAAAAUUAAAACAGGUGCAAAUCUUCUUAACAAUAUUUAAUACAUCUACAUGCGGAAGGAUGUCCAACACAAGCGAGGAGAUGCGCGUUGUGGAACCUUCGUUUUAACUGAGGAGACAGUGAUUUACUUUCUAAACUGGUGAUCCCGAGAAGGAAACGCAAAAGAAUACCUCUUUCUAGCGGAUUUAAAAAAAAAAAAAUAUUUUACAACUAUUUACAAAGACCUGAGACCGAGAAGUCAUGAGAAUACGGAGACCAUGCGCACGGUUUUGUGGACUUGUACAAGCAGCUUAGACUCGAGAUAUAAAAAGAUUUUCUAUUUUUCUAUGUAAGAGAUCAUUUUUCUGGUAUAUAUGAAACUCGACUUUUUGAAAAGGAUUUUAAUUUUUUUUUUUUACAUUUAGGAGUUUAUUCGACGUUUUUUUUUAUUUUAACUAUGGCGGAAUCGUUUCAUUGGGCAGGUACUGCGCGCUGUGCGCUGGUGAUCCUGUGUGCGCUUUUCCCGUUGUGUUCAGGCCAGUACCACGGUGAGAAGGGCAUCUCUAUACCCGAACACGGCUUCUGCCAGCCCAUCUCUAUACCCCUCUGUACGGACAUCGCCUAUAACCAGACCAUCAUGCCGAAUCUCCUCGGCCACACGAGCCAGGAAGACGCUGGGCUGGAGGUACACCAGUUCUACCCGCUGGUCAAGGUCCAGUGUUCCAUGGACCUGAAGUUCUUCCUGUGUUCUAUGUACGCGCCGGUCUGUACGGUCCUCGAGCAGGCUAUCCCGCCGUGCAGGUCCCUGUGUGAGCGGGCGAGACACGGCUGCGAGGCCCUGAUGAAUAAAUUCGGUUUCCAGUGGCCUGAGAGGCUCCGUUGUGAAAAUUUCCCCGUUCACGGAGCUGGAGAGAUCUGUGUAGGUCAAAACACUUCGGAUACAGGUAACCCCACCUCUUACCCAACACCCUACGUUCCUGAGCUCAUGACUCUAUCCCCCAAUAUGGGCCGACCGAACCAGCACCAGGAGUUCUCCUGCCCGCUACAACUGCAGGUACCCAACUAUCUGAACUACUACUUCAUGGGGGUAAAGGACUGCGGCGCGCCUUGCGAGCUCACCAAGCCCGACGGGUUGAUGUAUUUUCGGGAAGAGGAGGUGAAGUUUGGCCGGCUCUGGGUCGGGAUCUGGUCCAUUCUGUGCUGUGUGAGCACCCUGUUCACGGUGCUGACCUAUCUAGUGGACAUGAGAAGGUUCUGCUACCCAGAGAGGCCAAUCGUCUUCCUCUCUGGCUGUUACUUCAUGGUGGCCACUGCCUACACUGCCGGGUUCAUGUUAGAGGAUAAAGUGGUGUGUAUCGAUAAAUUCAAGGAUACUGGUUAUAAGACUGUAACUCAGGGAACUAAGAAAGAGGGCUGUACUAUUCUCUUUAUGAUUGUGUAUUUCUUCGGCAUGGCCAGUUCUAUAUGGUGGGUGAUUCUGUCCUUCACAUGGUUCCUCUCUGCCGGUAUGAAGUGGGGGCAUGAAGCCAUAGAGGCCAACGCUCCGUAUUUCCACCUCGCAGCCUGGGCUGUACCUGCUGUUAAAACUAUUAUCAUCCUGGUCAUGGGACAGGUGGAAGGAGAUCUACUCACAGGGGUGUGUUAUGUCGGCAUCAACAGUGUGGAUUCCUUGCACGGUUUUGUUCUGGCGCCUCUUUUUGUCUACCUGUUCAUAGGGACGUCGUUCCUCCUCGCGGGAUUUGUCUCUCUGUUCCGGAUCAGAACUAUCACGAAACACGACGGAACCAAGACGGAGAAGCUGGAAAAGCUUAUGGUUCGGAUCGGAGUGUUCAGUGUUCUCUACACCGUUCCAGCCACUAUCGUCAUAGCCUGUUGCUUCUACGAGCAGGCGUUUCGUGAACAGUGGGAAAAAACUUGGCAUACACAGAUCUGUAAGAGAUUUGCGGUGCCUUGUCCGCCAAACAGUUUUGCGCUCAUGACCCCAGACUUUACUGUCUUCAUGAUCAAGUAUUUGAUGACUUUGAUUGUCGGUAUCACGUCCGGGUUUUGGAUAUGGUCAGGAAAAACAGUGCAGUCAUGGCGCAGGUUCUAUAAGAGACUGAGUGGUAGCAGCAACGAGGGAGAAACGACAGUAUGAACAUCAAUGACAGACUGAGUGGUAGUAACGAGGGAGGAAAGACAGUAUAAACAUCAAUGACAGACUGAGUGGUAGUAACGAGGGAGGAAAGACAGUAUAAACAUCAAUGACAGACUGAGUGGCAGCAACGAGGGAGAAACGACAGUAUAAACAUCAAUGACAGACUGAGUGGUAGUAACGAGGGAGGAAAGACAGUAUAAACAUCAAUGACAGACUGAGUGGUAGCAACGAGGGAGAAACGACAGUAUAAACAUCAAUGACAGACUGAGUGGUAGUAACGAGGGAGGAAAGACAGUAUAAACAUCAAUGACAGACUGAGUGGUAGCAACGAGGGAGGAAAGACAGUAUAAACAUCAAUGACAGACUGAGUGGUAGCAACGAGGGAGGAAAGACAGUAUAAACAUCAAUGACAGACUGAGUGGUAGCAACGAGGGAGGAAAGACAGUAUAAACAUCAAUGACAGACUGAGUGGUAGCAGCAACGAGGGAGGAAAGACAGUAUAAACAUCAAUGACAGACUGAGUGGUAGCAACGAGGGAGGAAAGACAGUAUAAACAUCAAUGACAGACUGAGUGGUAGCAACGAGGGAGGAAAGACAGUAUAAACAUCAAUGACAGACUGAGUGGUAGUAACGAGGGAGGAAAGACAGUAUAAACAUCAAUGACAGACUGAGUGGUAGCAACGAGGGAGGAAAGACAGUAUAAACAUCAAUGACAGACUGAGUGGUAGUAACGAGGGAGGAAAGACAGUAUAAACAUCAAUGACAGACUGAGUGGUAGUAACGAGGGAGGAAAGACAGUAUAAACAUCAAUGACAGACUGAGUGGUAGCAACGAGGGAGGAAAGACAGUAUAAACAUCAAUGACAUGGGAAUGAUAUAAUAGACUUGUGUCCCAAAUGACACCCUACGCCCUAUUUAGUGCACUACAUUUUUCUGUUGUUGUUGUUGCCAGGGCCCAUAAAGUAGUGCACUAUAAAGGGAGUAGGGUGCCAUUUGGGGAUCAGGACAGGACAUAGCGCAUGGAAUAAGACCCAUGAUGAGUUCAAUAUGGGGAGGGGGGGGGGGUCCGUGACUCGUGCAGCCCGCCUGCCUCUGGACUGGACCAGCAGAAUCCUUUCAGGGGCUUAUAUAUAUUAAAAAAACACAUUGUGGCUUCCCAGAUUCCAAGACACUUUAUUGUGCAAUGAUCAUCUGAGGAGGAAACGGAUCGUUCCUAAUUGUAUCGUCAUCGCAUGUAGGUCAAAUUCUGAAUCAUGUAGAGCCCCCUCGGUCUUUUUAAGAAAGUGUUUUACAUCACAGAGGUGAUCCUGUAACAAUUUUAUACAAUGAAUGACUCUAUUCACACUAUAGAGCUACUGCUACACCAUAUAACGCUACUGGCAAGCUUCAGUUAAAGAAAGAAUAUGUUUGACCCUAUGAAUUUAUACUCCCUUUUUUGUGGUCAUUUGUUUGACAUUCACAGCCAAGCAGUGACAAUCAUGUGUAUUUUUGUGGCGCAGUAAAAGACUGACAGACAUUGCAUUUAGAAAUGUGAUAGAAUAUGCAUGUGUAUAGCUGUGGAAUUUUGCGAGCUACUACAGUAUACAUAUCUUGUAAAAACAUUUUUUUUCCACCCCAAAGAUUAUAUCUAUUUAGGAAAAUAAUCAUGCAAUUUAAAAAAAUAAUAAUAAUGUUUUUUUAAUGCUGUAAACGGUACCAUUUGUAGGCUACCUAUACAGUUUCACGGAUUAAAAUUAUAUAUAUAUAUAUACAUUUUUUUUUAAAUGUCUUGCUUUUGUGGUCAAUGUGUAGCCUAUGACAACAGUUUGUGUUUAGAAGAAUAACUUCUUGUACGUCGAUGCCAUGAUUUAAGGGAUAGUUCACUCAAAUCCUCACCCUGUAAGCAGUCUAUGGACAAGGUAGGACAGCAAUCCAUGCUUCGGUUUUAUUUCCCUGGCACUGUUUACAAAUGCUCAUGUUUUUCGUGUUCAAAACAUUGAAAAAUAUCUCAAAUUGAUUGUGAAGCUCAACUAAGUCACUUAUACUUGAUUUGAACAUGAUGCCUGGGAAAAAAAUGCAGUUAUCCAACAAUGUGUAUGCCACCAUCUUGUCUAUUUCAAAUCUUCUCUCAUUGAUUGAGACAGGUGGGUGUCCACUCCCAAGUGCCACCCCCCUGCAACUAGACGUGGACGUUUAGAACGGGGAGGCGGGUAGCCUAGUGGUUAGAGGGGGCGGGUAGCCUAGUGGUUAGAGGAGGCAGGUAGCCUAGUGGUUAGAGGAGGCGGGUAG